AUGGCUGACAAUACUCCUGCUACCCAGGUCAAGCUCCUCACAAAGUUGCCAGCACCCCCUAGUGCCCCGCCAUCACUGGCAAGUGGCAUUGUGUCCCUCUUUGCGGACGACAACUGGGAUAGCCAAAGGCUUGACUUGAACAUGAAUGACUUCUCUUCUGGAGAUCGCCCGACCAUCAAACGUUCUGCGCUCGAUAACGCCACCUAUGUCGCAUUCAACUUGCCAAUUGGCACAGUAGUGACCUUGAUGGAUAACGUCCAGCCAGUGCCUGCCGGAAAGCUGGCGGCCGACCUCAGCGGUUGUGGCCGAUGUGUCGAUCUGGUCGGCACCGGUAACACAGAAUCAGUCGAUCUUCAGUCCGUCAACAUGAACGACUGUGUCUCCUCAUUUUCAUUUCGAGAAAUCGAUCUCAACAUGGGAGCCAUCGAGUUGUUCCAAGAUGCCGACUUCAAUGGUGGACGUAAUACGAUAUUCCUAAGCGAAUGGGACUCUGGAGUCACCUACUCGAUCGGCGACUGGUGGAUAACUGACGCGGUCUCUUCGGUCCGCUGGAAGUCCCUAAAUGACCGCCAGGCCGCUGUGUUGGCUGACAACUCGGAUGGCUCUGGAGACAAUUUCCCUAACAUCAAGGGAUGGGGUAACAACAAAGAAUCCGCCGAUUUAGGAGAUGACGCCUCUUUCAACGACCAAAUGAGUUCCUUCCGUUGGGACGGAAUCGUCCCAGCCCUGGAAAUCAUCGCACCCUUCAAUAUAGUCCUCAGCGGCGGGUCAACCUCCUCUGGGCUCACAGCUGCUGUCUCCGGGACCAACAACAGUACCCUGGCGCAACCAGUCACUGUAACACUCACCAAAACAGACGCCCAGACGCUGACUGUCACAACAAUGGAUGAGCAGGUGACAGGACUCAAGUCAACACAGACGAUGGAGGAGACCGCAGGUGACCCUGGGAUAGCAUCGGCCUCGACGACUUGGGCGAUAGAGCUGAGCUAUUCCUACACGGAAAGCACUACCAAGGAGACCAGUGAAACGACGACCCUUGAUCUGUCAAUCGCGCAGACUGUCAAUGCGCCUCCGCAAUGCUCUUAUACGGCGACUUUGAUCGUUCAAAUCGGUAAGAUUCCUCCUAAGGUGUAUACAACCACUGCCCAACGCUGGUAUAAAGUUCCGGUGACUGGGGGCGUGAUGGAUCCGUUGAACAACAAUUGGUAUCAGAGGGUCGAGCCAGUGUCGGUCUCUGUUACUGGAUCUCUUGCAAGUAGUACUACUGUCAACAUUGUAUCUACUCCGUUGACCUCCUAG